AUGAAGUUCAUCUCCAUAAGACAGCGAAAGACUAAAUUCAGCAACCUCCACAAGAGGAAUAUUUCGAGUCUGACCUUUCCAGAGGAUGUUUCCUCCACAACAAACAGUAUGGAUUCCAAGCAGUCCGAACAAGUCACUCUUCUACAGCUGAGGGAAUUCUGCAAUCUAUUUCACAUUAACCUCACGGAGAUGCAGAUCUAUCGGUAUGCGUGCUUCCAUGAGUUCGACUAUGACCCAGCUCGCAAGGCCAUCGAGAAAAGCUACGACAGUCCAUAUCUCUCUCUUCGCAUGAGCGGGAGAAUGGUGGACCAGUUUCAGACGAGAGCCAUGCUGCCCCUUCAUGGCCUUCGAUCCAAACAGAGAUCCCAAGUCAUUUAUAUGCAUGCGAAAAGGCACCUACACACCAAAGAGAACAGUAAACUCUUCAUUGACAGCUUGUACUACUUGUUGAAUGACAUGAGUAGGACUCAGGAUGACUGCAGAAAUGGGGUAUGCGUCGUUGUCAACAUGAAGGGCUAUGGAAUGAAAAACUAUGAUCUGGACACUGUGAUACAAGCAGCAAAGGCCGCCGAGGGUAGUAUGAUACCAACUCGCUUCACUGAUGUGCUAUUCGUUGACGCUCCAAAGGUAUUCAUGAAUGGCUGGAAGCUAUUGAGACCUAUGCUGGCACCUUGGCUCGCACGAAAAGUGCACUUUAUCAAGCCUGACAAACUUGACAUGUUUUUGAUGGAGGGAUACGAAGAGUUUUUGCCACAAGAGCUCGGCGGCUGGAAAAAUUCGACCGAGCUAGUGGAAGAUUAUGUUGACAAGAAAAUCUAUGAAGAGCGUUCAUGA